UUUACAUGUCAGGACUACAGUUCCCAGCAGGCCGUUCGGCUCCAUGUGUAGUGUGUGUGUGUGUGUUCAGCAGCAGCAGCAUCAUGUCCGUGUUUAUGGAUCUAAACCUGAACUACUCAGCAGACAAGAACCGCCUGAAGACUCUGAUAGAGACAGCAGCUCACCUCGGUUUCUCAACCGUCGCCAUCAACUACGUGUUUGAACCGACCGCCAAGAAGAAACAGGACGUUCUCGCCCCGAAGCCGAUCGGUGAGCUGAUGGAUCAGCUGCCCGUCGUUCAGGGCCGGUCCCAUCCAAUCAGAGUGCUGAACAGACUGACCGUAGUUAUGUCAGACGCCAGUCACUUCAGGCUGAACGCUGCAGAGUAUCGGUGUUUCGACCUCAUCGCCGUCCAGCCGACCACAGAGAAACUCUUCCAUGCAGCCUGUAUGACCUAUGACGUUGACAUCAUCAGUAUCUCAGUGACGGAGAAACUUCCAUUCUUCUUCAAGAGAGCGCCGGUCAACGGGGCUAUAGAGAGAGGCGUGGUGUUUGAGGUGUCGUAUUCGGCCGCCAUCAGAGACGCCACCAGGAGACGCUACACCAUCGCCAACGCCAUCUCCCUGAUGGACACCUGUAGAGGGAAGAAUGUGAUCCUGUCCAGUGCAGCUGAGCAGCCAAUGGAGCUCAGAGGACCCUAUGACAUCACCAACCUAGGUUUGCUGUUUGGUUUGUCAGACGGAGACUCUAAAGAAGCCGUCUCCUCCACCUGCCGGUCAGUUCUACUACACGCAGAGACCAGGAGGACGGCCAGCGGGAUCAUCUCCACCAGGAGGAGCUCCACUGAGACUUCCCCGUCUGCAGACUGUGAAGCUCCUGCAGCCAAGAGAGCCAAGCCUCACCUGACCGAGUGAUUGACAGCUGAGGAGGGCGGGGCUUCUGGACGGCGUCUGGUUGAUUAUUAAUUUUAUGGACUAUUGAUCGACAGCAGAUCGAUAGAUAAUAACAGACUCUUUGUUUUCACUCAUGUAUCAUUUAAACUCCAGAAACACCGUCGACUUUAACAAGUAUAAUAAAGUCAUUCACACGUU